GAAGUUGAAGAAGAACAAAUUGAAAAAGAAAAUAAGUAAAAUUAAUAGGCAAAAUCGUGCUAAGUUUGAAGAUGUUCAUUGUAUGGGUUCAAAAAGUCUCCCAAAGUUUAUUGAUGAGAAGAUAAAAAAGGGCAAAGGAGUGUUGCCUGGACGUAAAGAGAUUUACAUUGAUACCCGUACUCGUAAAGAUGGAACAAUUGUCAAUGAAAAGGCUGCAAGAUUGAUUGAAGAACUAAAAAAACAUAGUAAUGAGGCUGGAACUUCUCAAUCAACCCAAGACACACAAGGUUCUAUGUCUUGGAAGGAUGAUAUAUUUUAUCAAGUACAAGGACCUGAUAAAAACGGACGUGUGCGAUGUAUGGGCAAGAUUCCUCAUUUUAAAAAAUCGAAGGUUUGUCCAUCUGAAAAUGAAGAGUUGCGCAAAAGAGUUAAGAAUAUGGAAAACUUGUUAGCAAAUGUGAUGACUUUAAUUCAAAAUCGAUUUUCUGGAGAAGAUGUUAAUGAUAUAAUACAAGCUGCAAGACAGGUUCCUGAUGCUUCUAGUGCUCAAAACCAUUUGAAUUCAAUUAGUCCAAACAACAAUGAAAAUAAUGAAAAUGAUACAUCCCAAAGGUUGAAAGUACUUGGACCAUAA